ACACCACAAUUUUUGUUGAUCUGCGCGAUUCUUUUAACCAACUUCAACAAUAUAUUAAUCUAGUUGAAGGUGUUGAAGGCAUAGCUUUAUUCACCAGAACUCAAGGAGCAGAAAAUCAAAUACCACGAGAUAACCAACUCUUAUCAUUGCUAAUUUUAGGAUUAUCUUUUCCAUAA